AUGCCCAGUGGUGCUGUGGGGAUGGGGCUGCCUCCAUUACUCCAGUCUUGUAAAACCACAUGUAUGCAGUUCCAGCCUUGGAGAGUCACCUGCCCUGAACUCUGACCCAAGAGAGCUGCUGAAUAGUCUCUGCCAACCAAACCAUGGGAGCAGGGCUGUCCAAAGCCUUGGGGACCUGACCACUACCAAAUAUGUCUAGAAGAUCCAAAAUGCCCAGGAGAUGUUGAUUUUCAUAAUAGUGACUGGGACAUUAAGACAAUCACCAGCUCCUUGAAAUUCUACCUCAGGAAUCUUUCUGAACCUGUCAUGACCUAUAGACUUCACAAAGAGCUGGUCUCUGCUGCCAAGUCUGACAACCUGGAUUAUCGAUUGGGAGCUAUUCACUCCCUGGUAUAUAAGCUACCAGAAAAGAACCGAGAGAUGCUGGAACUUCUUAUAAGACAUUUGGUCAAUGUGUGUGAACACAGCAAAGAGAAUCUUAUGACCCCCUCUAACAUGGGGGUGAUCUUUGGGCCCACUCUCAUGAGAGCUCAGGAGGACACUGUGGCUGCCAUGAUGAACAUCAAAUUCCAGAAUAUUGUGGUGGAAAUCCUAAUUGAGCACUGUGUCAAGAUCUAUUCAGGUCCACCUGAGGAAAGUACUGCACCCCCAGUGCCUCCACCUCGAGUAACAGCAAGAAGACACAAACCAAUUACAAUUUCAAAGCGCUUGCUGAGGGAAAGGACAGUUGUCUAUACUUCUUCCCUGGAUGAAACUGAAGAUGAAAUUCAACAUAGAACACCCAAUGGUACUAUCAUCAGCAGCAUAGAAUCCCCCAAGCCACCACAAUACCCCAAAAUGCCUAUGCAAAAAAGUGUGGAAGCAGAUCCUGAGAGGAAGUCCCCAAGCAGGCUUGUUUCAGAUGUCAAGUUGGAGUCCUGCCUCGAGGUGGAUGUGGGGAAGUUGGUGUCUAGGCUGCAGGAUGGAGGGACCAAGGCCAUACCAAAGGCCAGCAAUGGACCUGUGCCAGGCCCUGGGACCACUAAGGCCCCCUCUUUCCACAUAAAGAGAUCAGCACCUCGGCCCCUGGCUCACCACAAGGAGGGAGACUCUGACAAUUUCGGCAAAGUGCGGCCUCCAGGAGAAAAGCCAACCAUCAUCCGACCCCCAGUGAGGCCUCCAGACCCUCCCUGCCGGGCAGCUACUACCCAGAAACCAGAACCAAAGCCAGAUGUUAUGGCUGGCAAUGCAGGGGAAAUCCCAUCAUCUGUAGUGGCUUCCAGGACCAGAUUCUUUGAAACAGCUUCCCGGAAAACAGGAAGUUCUCAAGGCAGACUUCCUGGAGAUGAGAGUUGAGGCCUCAGGUUGUAAAAUCCUUGGCCUCAGGGGACCCUUUCCAGGUUCUAGAAGGGUCUUCUUCAAAUCCUUGUGUGCUGAAGAGCAGAUUCUUCCUGUCCCUGCACCUUCAGGCUCUGGGAGGCUAUAAAAUAAGGGGCACAUGUCCUAUACACGUUUAUUUCUCCUUUGUAUUCUGUCUUCAUUCCCCUAGAAGGUCUAUCUAGAGCUCCUAUAAGACUGUGAAUGGCUGAACUCCCUCAAGCCAGACUGCAGAAACCAAGCUAUCCACUGACCUGAGUUGAAGAGAGGAGCUCAGUUUUCAACUGUUCUCUGAACUUCCUGCCUCCUCAAAAGGCCAUCUAUCUCUGAAAGAUUUGGGGCUAAAGAUUGAUCUUAGAAGUCUUACCCUGAACUAAAAGUUACUUGAGUUGGGGCCAUUGCUUACCCUGGAAGUAGGGGAGUAGGAAUAUUUGCUGAACUUCGGAGGCUCUUACCAUGUCUCUUACUGAAGAUAUGGACCCUAGUGCCAGUUUGGAGCUCUGGCAUGGUACUACAUUGCCAAGAAUGCAUCUGCUCCUAUGGGCCAGACAGAAUGAGUGACACCUCUACAAUCCCUCCAAUGUGGACUCAGGAAGGUGGCCUUCCUGCUUUUGCAUACAGCCACUUAGGACAAAUCUGCAAAGCAUGUUUUGCAUGUCAAAGCCUAUGUCUGUUUGAAUUAUUCUUCUUCCUGCUUUGUCCUAACAGCUUCCUUUCCAAGCAAUCAGAAAGAAACAAAAGCUUAAAACAGUUCUUUUUUUUUUUUUUUUUUUAAAGGCAGACUGUGUGUGUUCUGUAGGAGUUCCAUUUUGGGAUCAAAUGCUGGGGAAAAUUGUUAAAAUGGAUAAAAAGGCCAGGUAGUUGUCACUGUUGUUUCAUGUUUGCUUUUUGAAGAUAAGCUCUUUUAUCAUCUGAAAGAAACAGUUCUUAACCCAGUAUCUAUGGACUCAGGAACUUCAUAAAGCCUCUGAAAUGGUAUGCAGACUUCCACAACAAUGUGUCUUUUCUGAGGAAAUGGUCCAUAACAUUCUAGUGAAUUUCAAAUUGGACCUGUGACAUAAUAAAGAUUAAGAACCGCAGCCCUUGAGACAAAAUUUUGACUCUUUUUACAAUUCCUAAAAUAAUUGAUUAGAAAGGGCUUUUAGUAUUAUUUAGUCAAACUGCUUAGUUUACUAUUGGGUAAACUCAGGCAGGGCAAGUUAGCAGCCGUGCCUAAACAAG